CAGAACAUGAAGAGCAUUCUAAAGAACCAGAAGAAGGAGAAUCAAAACCCAGGCCCAAGCUCUUUAUGCCAAACUUGGUGCCUCCAAAAAUCCCUGAUGGAGAGAGAGUGGACUUUGAUGACAUUCACCGCAAGCGAAUGGAGAAGGAUCUGAAUGAGCUGCAGACCCUUAUUGAGGCUCAUUUUGAGAACAGGAAGAAGGAAGAGGAAGAACUGAUAUCCUUGAAGGACAGAAUUGAACAGCGGCGAGCAGAACGAGCUGAGCAGCAACGGAUCCGUAGCGAGCGAGAAAAGGAACGACAGGCCCGCUUGGCAGAAGAGAGAGCCCGGAAAGAAGAAGAAGAAGCUCGGAAGAGAGCUGAAGAGGAUGCCAGGAAGAAAAAGGCUUUCUCUAACAUGCUCCAUUUUGGAGGGUACCUGCUGAAGACAGAGAAGAAAAGUGGGAAAAAACAAACCGAGCGGGAAAAGAAGAAAAAGUUCCUCAGCGAGCGGCGGAAACCUCUGAACAUUGAUCACUUGAAUGAAGAUAAACUGAGGGAUAAAGCGAAGGAACUGUGGCAGAGUAUUCACGAUCUUGAAGCUGAGAAAUUUGACUUGCAGGAAAAAUUCAAGCGGCAGAAAUAUGAGAUUAAUGUUCUUCGCAACCGCAUUAGUGACCAUCAGAAGGUCUCAAAGGCUGCCCGUGGAAAGCCAGUGGUUGGUGGCCGGUGGAAGUGAGAUGUCGUU